AUGGGUAUAUCGACGCCUACCAAACCCAGGACUCAUAACGACUACACUGUGGGAUGGAUCUGCGCGCUACCCAAGGAGCAGACCGCAGCGAAGGCUAUGCUAGACCAAAUGCAUCCGACUCUUUCCAAGCCACCAAACGACCCGAACACAUACACUCUUGGGUCAAUCAAAGAGCAUAACGUCGUGAUAGCCUGCUUGCCGAGAGGCAUGUACGGCACUAUUUCGGCAGCGACCGUCGCGGCCUGGAUGAUAAGCACUUUUCCAUCUAUCAAGGUCGGCCUCAUGGUUGGCAUCGGUGGCGGUAUUCCACCCAAGGUCAGACUCGGCGACGUCGUGAUUAGCACACCGGUGGAUCAGUAUCCUGGAGUGGUCCAGUGGGAUAUGGGUAAAGCGGAAAAGGAUACUCAUUUCAAACGAACCGGUGCGCUAAAUAAACCUCCAAGCGCACUGCUAACAGCAUUGACCACCAUGGAGAGUACUCAUGAGAUGCAGGGAUCUAAAAUACGUGAGUACCUGGACGAUUUGGGAAGGAAAUGGCCAAGACUGGUGUCAGAAUAUACCAACUCCGAUUCCCUCAAGGACCCUUUGUUCACACAAGACAAUUACCGUCGUGGUCUGAGUAUUUGGAUGACUGUAUUAUCAAUAUACUGGGAGAUGAUGCUAUCUAUUCUUGGGUACUUCUUAGGGAGGGAGGCAUUGGCUUCCAUGGAUAGUUGGGCGAAAAUGAUGAGAAUCAUAGCAGAUUACAAGAUUGGUGGGACUCAGAGGGAACCUGGAGAUAUGCGCGUGCAUUACGGCCUAAUCGCAUCCGGUAAUCAAGUGGUCAAGGAUGCUAAGUUUCGCGAUAGUCUCAAUGAGAGCCUGGGAGGAAAUGUGUUGUGCUUUGAAAUGGAGGCUGCAGGGCUGAUGAAUGACUUCCCUUGUAUCGUUAUCCGUGGUAUCUGCGAUUAUGCCGACUCACAAAAGAACAAAUAUUGGCAGAAAUAUGCUGCAGCGGUUGCUGCAGCAUGUGCGAAGGAACUUCUUGAAUAUGUACAGCCAAGCGAUGUUGACGGAGAGCGUCCAGUGAGGGACAUAUUGAGCCACGUUCUCGACACUGUCUCUAGAACCGAAGCCAAUGUUGAAACUGUGAGGUCCAAGUUAGACAGAAAAGAAGACCUCAAGGUCCUGAAUUGGCUCACGCUGACCGACUACGGUUCUCGACAAAGUGAUGUUCUCAAAAGGCGAGAAACCGGGACUGGUCAAUGGAUUUUAGACUCCACUGAAUACCAGGAUUGGCUUAAGACGGAGAGGCAGACGUUAUUCUGUUCUGGCAUUCCCGGAGCGGGAAAGACAAUCCUCACAUCUAUUGUUAUCCACGACCUCACCACAAGGUUUUCUAAAAAUCCAAACGUCGGUAUUGGGUACAUCUACUGUAACUUUCAGCGGCAAGACGAGCAAAAUGUCGACGAUUUGCUGAUAAGUCUGCUGAGACAGUUUGCUGAGAGCCAGCCCUCCUUGCCGAAGAGCAUCAAAGAUCUCUAUUCUCUCCAUGAAAACGAACGAACACGGCCGUCACUCCAGGAAAUAUCCAACACUCUUCAUUCUGUUGUAGCCAAAUACUCAAGAGUAUUCAUCGUCAUCGAUGCACUAGAUGAAUGCCAGACAUCUAACGGCUGCCUGACAAGGUUUCUAUCCGCGGUUUUCAAACUUCAGGGCAAUAUACUUGCAACUUCUAGAAUAAACGGCGAGAUUGCAAAGAUGUUUGGCCAGGCUACAACGCUAGUGAUUCGUGCGAGAGAUGACGACGUAGAGGUAUAUCUAAAUGAACGAAUGAAGCUUCAACCGUCGGAUAUUCUAGAUGAUGCCACUAGAGACAUGAUUAAAAGGAAAUUAGUUGGAAUAAUUGAUGGGAUGUUUCUACUAGCAGAGCUAUCCAUAAACUCACUUAUAAUCCUGCCAACAAAAGGACAUAUCAAAGAGGCUCUCAAAAAUCUUGGUAAUGGAAUGGAGGGAUUAGAAAGAAUUUACAACCUGGCGAUGGAAAGAAUCGAAAGCCAGGGAAGAGAGUGUCGAGAUCUGGCGAAACAAAUUUUGGCAUGGAUUGUUCAUGCCAGAAGGCCACUUUUCACUUCAGAACUCCAACAUGCCGUUUCAGUCAGGUCGAAUAUUACAAAACUAGACGAAGACUACCUUCCGACCAUCGAUCGACUUCGAUCUCUCUGCGCUGGGUUGGUCACAAUUGAUGAAGGCAGUGAUAUCAUACGACUGGUCCACUAUACCACCCAAGAGUACUUCGAGCGCAUUGGAGGCAGAUGGAAACUAGAUCCUCAGUUCUAUAUUGCUUCAACAUGCCUUACUUAUCUAUCAUUCGACGUGUUCAAAACAGGUGGCUGCUCAUCUGACAAAACGUUUGAGCCGAGACUUAGAGAGAACAAGUUUCUGGACUAUGCCGCUAAGUACUGGGGUAAGCAUGCUGCAAUAGUUGAAGGCGAGGUGUGUGGGCUAGCUUGUUCCUGUCUUUCAGACAGCGAGUUGGUUUCAAGCGCUACGCAGGCAUUGCUAGUUCGGAAGAUUAAUUAUAGGAGAUACAGCCAGAUCUAUCCUCAGAAGAGCACAGGAUUACAUCUUGCCGCACGAUUGGGAUUAUCGCUAGUGUUAGAGACGAUGCUCCCAGAACGUGAAGGAGAAAGAACAACUGCACUAGAGAAAAGGGACAGUCACAACCAAGAUCUAUUGUAUGUUGCAGCAAGCGCGGGACACGAUAGAACAGUGGAGCUGCUGCUCGAAAAGGGCGCCAACCCUAAUGCACGGACUUCAUAUGGAGGUCACAAAGCGAUUGUAAAGAUGUUACUUGAAAAUGGCGCAGAGAUCAAUGCGCAGGGUCAAGUCUAUGGCGACGCACUUACUGCGGCUAAAGCUACACACCACAACGAGGUUGUAGAUCUGCUUGUGGAGAAUGGUGCCAAGAGCGUUUUGAAAAAAGAAGAAGAGGAUAUGAGAUACGAUCGUUCAUAUGACAAAAAUACGAAAGAGAGGAAUACUAGCGAUAACAGCCCCGAAACGAAGCCCGGCAUAUUGUUGAUGAGAGAUCAAGUUCAAAUGGAGGCGCGGCGAUGA